AUGGUUUUUGAUACAACGUUUAAUGAGAACCAAAGCAAUGUCAAAACUAACGAGCAAGUUGAUUCUGUGAAAGUUUAUUAUAUUGAUAAAGAUAAAAGAACCGAUGUUGUACACGGAAAAACUCCCGAUGGUAAAGCUUUUCAAGUUCCCCAUACUGUAGACAUGUUAACUACAGUCUUUGACACUAAAGCGAAAAAAUCGGCAUUUGACAUUCUUACGUUUAUUGUGAUUGGAUGUCAAGUCACACUAUUUUUCGUGCUUCCAGCAUCAACAUCAAAAUGGCUUUUUCUUAUUCUUUUCUUUUGUUGGAGAACCGCAUAUAAUGGGGGAUUAGGAAUGCUGUUAAAACAACAAAGUGACACACGUGGCCUAGUCUCUUGGGUUAAGCGAAAAAAGUUUUUUAAUAAAGAUAAAGGCGGGAAAAUAUACACAUUUCUUCAAAAAGAAUUAAGCACGAAAAUGGGUAAAGAUUAUGAUUUUGAGAAAGCUCCUUUGGAAUUUAACACAUGGUUACUCUUUCGUCAGCUUGUCGAUUUGAUUCUCUUGAAUGAUUUUACCACGUAUAUCUGUUUUGCACUUGCUAAUUUUAACAUUCCGGAGGGUUCUGGUGCAUUUAUUAACAUAUUACGAUGGACUGGUGGCCUUUUCUUAUUAUGGUUUAAUAUCUGGGUCAAGACUGACGCACACCGCGUUGUAAAAGAUUUUGCGUGGUAUUGGGGUGAUUUCUUUUUCCUUAUUGACCAAUCACUUACAUUCGAUGGUGUAUUUGAGAUGGCACCACACCCAAUGUACUCUGUUGGAUAUGUUGGUUAUUAUGGAAUUUCCCUUAUGAUGGCGAGUUAUACUGUACUAUUUGUAAGUUUAGCGGCACAUGCAGCACAGUUUGCAUUUUUAACAUUUGUUGAAAAUCCACAUAUCGACAAAACUUAUAAUCCGCCCAUAUCGCUCAAUGCCAGACUAUCAAAGCAAAUCACAGAAGAAGUGGAUAAAUCACCAACUCCUACACAUAAAAAAUUGUCAACUCCAAAUAAAAUUCAUCCUACGCUUCCAGAUUUGUCAAACACAUCAAGUUAUCAUUUUCGUCGCGAUCUUAUCAUAUUCAAAAAUUUCGAUCUUUUUCGUUCAAAUGAUCUUUUUGUCAUUUUGGUAAUCUUUUAUGCGGCAAUUAUUCCACUAUUCAUUGUCCGUGCUUCCGACAAUAGCAAAAAUAAAUUUUUAACUAAACAUUAUAUUAAAUUUGGUGGUACUGUUGGCGAAGCAUUUUCUAAUUGGAAAAGCAUUUAUAAUCUCUCAUUAUGCAUGACUUAUGUGACUUUUCUUACCGCUGCAUGGAAAAUGUAUUAUUUCCCCGAAGAUUGGACAUACGGAAUGGUAUUAUUACGCCAUACUUUGGGUAUAUUACUUAUUGCUUUACAUAUAUGGACAUCUGUUUCAGUAUUUGAAGUGUUGGGUGAUUUUGGUUGGUUCUAUGGUGAUUUCUUCCUUGAUGAAUAUCCCACAACGUUGUACUACACAGGAAUAUACAGAUUCCUUAAUAAUCCGGAAAAACUUAUGGGACAUGCGGCUUUUUGGGGGAUUACCUUAAUUGCAAACAGCUGGCUUAUUUUUAGCCUGGCAUUAUUUGCCCAAAUUUCAAAUUUCCUAUUUUUACGUUAUGUUGAAAGUCCACACAUGCAAAGGUUAUAUGGUGAUAAGAUUCGAAAGGAGGCUGGUGUAACAAAAACGAUCAAACGCGUUAAUAUUAUUCCAGGAAAAGUUAGAGAAGAGGUUUCUAAAAUUCGAGAGGCACUAGAGAUUCAAGUGGUUGAGCGUGCUGUUAAAGAAGUGGCUGAAACGGUUGAAAAAGUUGUCGAAGAAACAGUCGAAGUUUUAGUUGAAUUUGUAGAUGCCGCAAGGCCUCGAUUUAAAGAUGUAGUGAAAGAGACUCGAUGCUUAUUAUCUAAUUCAACGAGUGCAUUCUUCAUAAGUCAAGUUGCUGGAAAAAUAGAUCGUCAAACUCUUGAACAAUAUUCAAUAUCAUUAGCUCUUCCUUCAGAUGAAAUGAACCAUUCCCCACCAAAUAGUCCGGUUUCACCUACUGGUGACAAUAAUGACAGUCGUAAUCUAAACGCGAAACCAAUUACAUUUGAAUUAGGUUCACCUAUAUGUGUCAAGUGGACUGCACCAAGAACCCAUUCUCGUUUAGAUUGGAUUGGUAUAUAUAAGGUCACUGCAAAUUCAUCAAAGAAAGUGACUAGUGUAUCAAGUAGAGGUCGUUAUGUUUAUGUAUCGCCAGAAGAGGAUGAUAUUGAUACAAGUGUUAAUUCAACAACAACGGACAUUGAUGAUCAGCCGGAAACGGGUAAUGCAUGUUUUAAAGGAGAUCAAUUACCAUGGGAAGUAGGCACUUAUGAAUUUAGGUAUCACCAUGACAAUAGCCAUGGUGUUAUGGUGAUAUCACAACCAUUCGAAAUUGUUGCAAUAACACCCAAAUAUGCGUCAGAUCUUCCAACAAUUGAGCAAACUGUUCUCACUUUGGUGCAGAGAGCUCUUGAUUCAAAUCCUAAUCUAAUUCCAUACACGACUAGAGAUGAUUAUUUAUUAAUGAAAGAAGUGCAUGCUAAACGUAUUGUUUAUGGAAUUAAAAUGAUGUUCGGUAUAGAUUUCGCCUGGCAAGUUGUUGCAAUCGAUGGAAAUGUUGGAAGAUUGGCCCGUCGAAUCGACAAAGCACGUCGAGCCUUAGUUCUAUUCUCGCAAGAAUCUUGGAGAAUAAUAGUCCCCUCAAUGUCAAAACGAAAUAUGUAUAUCGAAUUAGAAAGAAUUCCCACCUUAAAGCAAAUUUAUGAGAAAGGGAAUAUUUCAUCGCGUAACAUAAAAAGGGCUGCAUCAUUAUCCCCUUACAAUGAAUAUAACGAAAUAUUCAAUGAAAAGAUAUCUCUAAUCCAAGCAGAUAUCACAAAAUUGAAAAUUGAUGCUAUAGUCAACGCUGCAAAUGAAUCACUCUUGGGGGGCGGAGGAGUUGAUGGUGCAAUUCACAGAGCUGCGGGACCUGAACUGAGAAGAGCGUGUUGGAAUCUUGAUGGUUGCGAUACUGGAGAUGCCAAGAUCACUAAAGGUUAUGACUUGCCAGCUAAGUAUAUCAUUCACACUGUCGGUCCCAUAGGGGAAAAACCCGAUCUUCUUCAAAGUGCUUAUAUUCGGUCCUUGGAAGUCAUGACUGAAAAUAAUUUAAAGAGCAUAGUGGGUGUCUACGGAUAUCCACGUUCGAGUGCUGCACAUGUUGCUUUAUCGACCAUAAGAAAAUGGUUGGAAGGACAUCAAAACUUGGAUAAGAUUGAUAGGAUUAUAUUUUGCGUAUUUGAAAUCGAAAAUAAGGAUGUUUAUGAGGUUUUAUUGCAGUUGUAUUUUCCACCUCCAGGAACUAAGCCUGAAGUAACUACAGGUGUCGCGAUAACGGGUGCUGCUACUAAAGAAGCAACUACAGAUGUCGCGACGACGGAUGCUGCUACCUCAGCUGACGAAAAAACAACAGUUGCUAUGGAUGAUGAUAUUAUUAUGGAAGAUGUGCCCACCGGACAGGAAAGUGACAAAGAUCAACCUGAACAAACAAUGCAACAGGAAGAAAAAAAUAAAGAAAUGAUGGCAGAGCAACAAGAAACGCAAAAAACUGAUUCUGCAGAGCAACAAGAAAUACAAAAAACCGAUUCUGAAAUGAAGACAGGGCAACAAACAUUACAAGCAUCCGACUCUAAAAUGAAACCAGAGCAACUAGAAAACAUGGAGACUAGUUCGGCAACAUCUCCCCGAGACGAAAAACAAGAGAUUGCAUUAGAUGACGAGCAUAAUCAGGCUCCAAAAGAUGGAGAUACAGUUUCGUCGGCAUCAUGUAAAACUUCUGAAAAAACAAACGAGGAGGAUAAACAUGCAAUUAAAGAAAAUCAAGAUUUGGCUCAUACUUCAUCAUUGUAA